GCUUGCAGCGGUUAGUGGGCGGGCGUGCGCGAGGGACGGCGAGCGGUUUGAACCGAAAAGCUUCUUCUUUUUUUUUUUACCGACGGGGAAACAUUGAAUUCGGACAAAAAAUAUUGUUGUGUGGAAUUUAAAAACUCUCGUGAUUUCAUAAUCCACGAACACGGUGGGGUUUUUUUUAUGACAAAAGCGGCUUAGUGCGUUGUCGCUACGUAAAAGCCGGUCUCGCGCAAAGUGAUUCGCUUCCUUCUCUUUUCCCGGGAGCUAACGGCUAGCUAGCUGCCGAGCUAACACCCCCCCCCCCCCUCCCUCUCUCCACGCCCCCCCCUCCCCCAUCUCCUCCCCCAACACAAAGGACGACUUCUGCCGGUGUUUUUGUCCUAUCGAUCCCUGAUCGCUCCGUUGAAUGAGGCCUGAGCUUCACGUGCAGGUUGAUCAUGGUGCUCACAGGGAAGCGCUCGGAGAAAGGUCCUGCCUGCUGGAAGAGGAGGGUGAAGUCUGAGUACAUGAGGCUUCGGCAGCUCAAGCGCUUCAGACGGGCCGACGAAGUCAAGAGCAUGUUCAACACCAACCGUCAGAAGAUCUUGGAUCGAACUGACAUUUUGAACCAGGAGUGGAAGACCAGGCGAAUCCAGCCUGUUCACAUCAUGACGUCUGUCGGCUCCUUAAGAGGCACCCGAGAGUGCACGGCGGACAGCGGGUUCUCCGAGUUCUCCAAGCAGGUCAUCCCCCUGAAGACUCUCAACGCCGUGGCCUCGGUCCCGGUCAUGUACUCCUGGUCGCCGCUGCAGCAGAACUUCAUGGUGGAGGACGAGACGGUGCUCCAUAACAUCCCCUACAUGGGAGACGAGAUCCUGGACCAAGAUGGUACUUUCAUAGAAGAGCUCAUCAAGAACUAUGACGGCAAAGUCCACGGAGACAGAGAGUGCGGCUUCAUCAACGACGAGAUAUUCGUGGAGUUGGUGAGCUCUCUGUCACAGUACAGCGACAACGAGGAGGAGGACGAGGAGGAGGAAGAGCAGCAGGACUUCAAGGUGGAGAAGAUGGAGGUGUGUGACGGCAAGGAGCAUCCGGAGGAACCCCGCAAGGAGGUGCUUGUUAUCAAUGAGAGCCGAACCAGCACUGACGGCACCAAGAAGUUUCCCUCUGACAAGAUCUUUGAAGCCAUCUCCUCCAUGUUCCCUGACAAGGGAUCCACCGAGGAGCUCAAAGAGAAGUACAAGGAGUUGACGGAGCAGCAGCUGCCCGGCGCGCUGCCCCCCGAGUGCACACCGAACAUCGACGGUCCGAACGCUCGCUCCGUGCAGCGCGAACAGAGUCUGCACUCCUUCCACACGCUGUUCUGCAGACGCUGCUUCAAAUACGACUGCUUCCUCCACCCUUUCCAUGCAACUCCAAACACGUACAAGCGUAAGAACUUAGAGAACCUGGUGGACAGUAAACCCUGCGGCAUCGAGUGCUACAUGUACCUGGUUCAGGACAUCGGGAUGGUCAGCGAGUACCCGGCGGGCGAAGUGGCGGAGCAAGCCAAGACGCCCUCGAAGCGCACGGUGGGACGCCGCCGUGGACGGCUGCCCAACAGCAGCAGCAGCCGACCCGGCACGCCGUCCGUCUCCUCGGAAACCAAAGACACGGACAGCGACCGCGAAGGCAGCAAAGAGGACGAGAGAGACGACGACAAAGAGGACGAGAGAGACGACGACAAAGAGGACGAGAGAGACGACGACAAAGAGGACGAGAGAGACGAAGACAAAGAGGACGAGAGAGACAACAACAAAGACAACGGGCGAGACAACAACAAAGACAACGGGCGAGACAACGAUGAGGACAAGAAGGACGAUAACACCAGCAGCUCCGAGGGCAACUCGCGGUGUCAGACCCCCGUGAAGAUGAAGCUGAUCGGUGAGGCCGAAGCGGUGGAGUGGAGCGGGGCCGAGGCCUCGCUCUUCAGGGUCCUCAUCGGGACGUACUACGACAACUUCUGCGCCAUCGCGCGGCUCAUCGGCACCAAGACCUGCAGACAGGUUUACGAGUUCAGGGUCAAGGAGUCGAGCAUCAUCGCUCGGGCUCCCGCCGAAGACGAGGACACGCCACCGCGAAAGAAGAAGAGGAAACACCGGCUGUGGGCCACUCACUGCAGGAAGAUCCAGCUGAAGAAAGACGGCUCGUCCAAUCACGUGUACAAUUACCAGCCGUGUGACCACCCGCGGCAGCCCUGCGACGCCUCGUGUCCCUGCGUCACCGCGCAAAACUUCUGCGAGAAGUUCUGCCAGUGCAGCUCCGAGUGUCAGAACCGUUUCCCGGGUUGUCGGUGCAAAGCUCAGUGCAACACCAAGCAGUGUCCGUGCUACCUGGCGGUGAGGGAGUGUGACCCCGACCUCUGCCUGACCUGCGGCGCCGGGGACAACUGGGACAGCAAGAACGUGUCCUGCAAGAACUGCUCCAUCCAGAGAGGCGCCAAGAAGCAUCUCCUGCUCGCCCCGUCAGACGUGGCCGGUUGGGGGAUCUUCAUCAAAGAGCCGGUCCAGAAAAACGAGUUCAUCUCCGAGUACUGUGGCGAGAUUAUCUCGCAGGAUGAAGCCGACCGCAGAGGGAAGGUCUACGACAAAUACAUGUGCAGCUUCCUGUUCAACCUCAACAACGACUUUGUUGUCGACGCCACGAGGAAAGGCAACAAGAUCCGCUUCGCCAACCACUCGGUGAACCCCAACUGCUACGCGAAAGUGAUGAUGGUGAACGGGGAUCACCGGAUCGGGAUCUUUGCCAAGAGAGCCAUCCAGACGGGGGAGGAGCUCUUCUUCGACUACAGGUACAGCCAGGCGGACGCUCUGAAGUACGUGGGAAUCGAACGCGAGCUGGAGAUCGCCUGACUCGACUUCUCCCUCCUGUGGAUCGACGACCAAGGCCUCACGCGCACGCACACACACACACACACACACACACACACACUCCUUCACUUCAGGAAAGACAGACGACUUGUCAAAAUGCGAGAGCUUCAGGAAAACUGGGAAUAUUUGAAGCAGAGUUUUGAUGCUGUUCGUUUUUUCUUUUUGACAAAGACUUUUCAUAUCGGUUUCCUUUUUUCUUUUUCUUUCUUCUCGUGAUUUUUCUUCUGUCCACGAAUCUUCCUCUUCUGUAAAGUUCAAGCUUCGGCGCGAGAAGACGAUUCAAUUCACGCUUCAGGGACCAAAAUCCUCCCGUCGUGUUUUUAUACCGCGUGAACUGAAACCAGCCAAUCGAUUGGCUCCUCAGGAGCGCCCGUCUGUCUGCGCAGCGCCCGUCUGUCUGCGGAGCGCCCGUCUGUCUGCGGAGCGCCCGUCUGUCACAAAGCGGCGCCGCACGUUUUUACCUGAACGUUGAUCAGCAGCGAUCACGAUGAUUGAUUAUCGUCAGUUGCUGUUUUUCCCGGUCGUUCGUGAACUAAACAUUCUUGUGCUUUGGACUAAAAUAUUAAUGGAGGGAAAAAUCUGCAGAUUAAUUAAUAAGGAACAGAAUUAGUUGCCCAGCUAACAGAGAAUGUGUUACUAAAACAUAUUUUGGGACGUUUCGUACAUGCAAAGAAAUAACUCUAUCAUUAAUCAGUUAAAUGUUUAACCCAAAGUCAGAAAAUUGAAGGAAAUGUGUUUUUUUCCCAAACAAUUUAAGUUUAGUGAUUUUAAAAAUAAAAAAAAUGAAUCAAUUAUCAGUAUUUCUUUAUAUUUCCCAAAUAAAAUAUGUUCUUUCAAAGUUGCAUCAGAAAACGAAUUUCAGUCUCUGAAACCUUUAAAGAAAAGACAGAGUAUUCGUUCUCCUGCUGCUUUCUUUAAUUGAUAAAAAUAUAUGUAUAUAUUUAGAUAUCUCUUAAUAUCUAAAACAUCUUAUUACAUUAUGUAAUAGUCAUGAAAAAAGGAAUUUAGAACACCUUAAAAUGUCUUUUGUCCAAACUUCAACGAUGUUCAGGUCAAUCAGAAAAAAUGUUAAACAGCGAAUUAGUUUUUCUUUCUACAUUAUUCGAUUAUAAAAUAAGUUUCGGGGGGGAAGUUCUAGUCUUUUAUUUUGUUGAACUCACGAUGCCUUCAGGGCCCACUGGGUAUAAUCAGGCCUGACGUGUCUCGUCCUUUUCUUCCUCAAAGCACCAGCAAACAUGUUUUAUUACCGGCUUAUAAACAGGCGCCGCUUUGUGACGCCUUCAGGUGCUAAUGUGAAAACACGAAACCAGCACGACUUCACACGCACCGCUCUCCUUUUUAACCAAAACCACAAUUAUUUUUGGUAUGAGCCCCAGAGGAACUUUCCUCCUGUAAAAUAUCAGAUUAUUUCACUGAAUUUACAAUCUUCUGUGCAAGUAGAGCGCAGUGAGACGGGCGUCUCUCUCUCUCUGCCUGUCUGUCUGCUGUGCCUUGAAUCAACAGGACUCGCCUCGUCUGUCUCACUUUUAAAACCUUCUUCUGCAUGAUGAGGUUUAUUUUUUACGUCCAAUCGGUGUGAAUUUGAUCCGAGUCGUGUUUCCUCUUUUAACUCUGGUGCUCAGAAGACUUGAAGCAACACCAGCCUCCUCUUCCUCCUCCUCUUCUCUAAUUACUAGUUAACGGCUCUGAAACCUGGUGCUUCUCUCUCGUGGGUUCCUGAACACGUCAUCAGCCGUUUUGAGUGACAGUUAUGUGCAUGAAAACAUUCUGACCAAUCUGGUAUGUGUGGGAACAUUUAAAAAAUAAAUAAAUGUUGAUCACAAACCUUUUACUGCCGAUUCAAACAAGCCUUCAUUUAUUCUGUGUUGGUGCAUUUAACCCCCUGCACACGCACACGCACACACACAGCUUUCAUUGUCAGUGAAUCUGAUUUAGGGGGCGGGACAAAAGAAAACUAAAAGCCAAUCAGGAACAAACCCCCUGAAGUAUUUACAUGUUUCUGAAAGUGUUUGAACUUCAAUUAAAGUGGAACAAAACAAAGGUUUAAAUGUAAAGUGACGCAUUUGAUUCUUAACUCGCUGGUUUGAACUGCAGGUUGUUCUAGAACAUGGACCACUUUGUUUCUCUGACAGGUGCUGAUUUUUGUAAUGUUUACAGGGAUUGUUGUUCAAAGUGAUGCACAUUAAAAUAUUAUAAAAUCC